AUAUAGAUUCCUUCAAAAACGUGUGAAACUCAACACUGUCUUGCACUUUCUCUCUCCCUUUUCUCACUGUGCAUAUGAAAAAGAAGAAGAAUCUUUGAGAUCUAAUAGUUCCUCCCUCUCACUUUGCUUUGGUUUUGGUUCUUCAUUUAAAGAUAGCCCACAGCUAUCUUUUUUCUUUUAUCUCUCAAUUACACUUUGCCCCAGUUCGGUUAUUUUCAUUCAAACCCAGUUUGAUGAGUUUUCCAAAGUGUUUGAUUUUGACAAGUUUUUGAAGUGAGUUGUGUUAUUCAUUCAAUUGAAUUGAGCCCCCUGAUGGUAGCGACAAAACAAAUUUAUUUUGAAUACAAAAUUUGAUGUUAGAUUGAGUAGGAUAAGGAUAUUUGUGCCUGUGACAAUUCAGUGCUCAAGUGAAAACAGUUUGUGAAGAAAUCAUAGUACUAAAAGAAGGAUGAGGGGAAGAUCUGAUGGAGGCCAAAAGAAGAGAUUAAUCACCUCUCUUUGUGCUGUGGCAAUCUUUCUUGGUUUUCUCUAUGUAUAUUAUGGAUCUAUUUUUGGAUCUUCAAGCAAUGGUGCUUCAGCUCUAGAAUAUGGUGGCAAAUCUCUGAGAAAAAUUGGAUCAUCUUAUUUGGGUGGAGAUGAUGAAUCUUCAACCAAAUCUGGACUGGAGGAUGGAGAUGUUGUUGUUCCAAAAACGUUCCCUGUUUGUGACGAUCGACAUUCGGAAUUGAUUCCUUGCUUAGACAGAAACAUCAUAUACCAAAUGAGAUUAAAGCUUGACUUGUCGGUAAUGGAGCACUACGAACGUCAUUGCCCCCCUCCUGAAAGGAGAUACAAUUGCUUGAUCCCUCCUCCUCCAGGAUACAAGGUCCCAAUUAAGUGGCCUCAAAGCAGAGAUGAAGUGUGGAAGGCAAAUAUUCCCCAUACUCACCUUGCACAUGAGAAGUCUGACCAGAAUUGGAUGGUGGUAAAAGGUGAAAAGAUAGUAUUUCCGGGGGGAGGCACCCAUUUUCACUAUGGAGCUGACAAGUAUAUUGCUUCAAUUGCAAAUAUGCUCAACUUUUCGCACAACAACUUAAAUAAUGAAGGAAGAGUCCGUACAGUUCUUGAUGUUGGUUGUGGUGUUGCAAGUUUUGGAGCGUAUCUUCUUUCUUCUGACAUUAUAGCAAUGUCAUUAGCACCCAAUGAUGUUCAUCAAAACCAAAUCCAAUUUGCCCUGGAAAGAGGAAUUCCUGCAUGUCUUGGUGUUCUAGGGACAAAAAGGCUCCCUUACCCGAGCAGAUCAUUUGAACUUGCUCACUGUUCUCGUUGUAGGAUUGAUUGGCUUCAAAGGGAUGGGAUUCUUCUUCUCGAGCUAGACCGGUUACUUAGACCUGGAGGCUAUUUUGCCUACUCGUCUCCAGAGGCUUAUGCACAAGAUGAAGAGGAUCUCCGGAUAUGGAAAGAGAUGAGCGCCCUUGUGGAACGUAUGUGUUGGAGAAUAGCUGCAAAGAGGAACCAAACUGUCAUUUGGCAAAAGCCUUUGACAAAUGAUUGUUAUAUGGAACGAGCACCUGGUACAAAUCCACCGCUCUGUCGGUCUGAUGAUGAUCCAGAUGCAGUUUGGGGUGUGCCAAUGGAAGCUUGUAUCACUCCUUAUUCUGACCAUGAUCAGAAAGCCAAGGGAAGUGGUUUGGCUCCUUGGCCAGCGAGAUUGACAUCUCCUCCUCCAAGGCUUGCUGAUUUCGGUUAUUCAAAUGAAAUGUUUGAAAAAGACACGGAAACUUGGCGCCAGCGGGUAGAGAAUUAUUGGAAUCUCUUGAGUCCAAAGAUUGAGGCCAACACUUUGAGAAAUUUGAUGGACAUGAAAGCAAACAUGGGAUCUUUUGCGGCUGCUCUAAAAGAGAGGAAUGUUUGGGUGAUGAAUGUCAUCCCUGAGGAUGGACCAAACACACUUAAGUUGAUAUAUGACAGAGGCCUCAUUGGCACUACUCAUAACUGGUGUGAAGCCUUUUCCACAUACCCUCGAACCUAUGAUUUACUCCAUGCUUGGACUGUCUUUUCUGAUAUUGAGAAGAAGGGCUGCAGUGCUGAAGAUUUGUUACUCGAGAUGGAUCGCAUUCUCCGUCCCAAGGGUUUCAUAAUCAUCCGGGACAAACAACCAGUUAUAGAUUUCGUAAGGAAGUAUUUAUCAGCUUUGCACUGGGAAGCAGUAGCAACUGCUGAUUCAAGUUCGGAUUCAGAACACGAAGGAGACAACGUCGUGUUUAUUGUCCAAAAGAAAUUGUGGCUCACAAGUGAAAGCAUCCUGAAUUCUGAAUAGAGUAUUUCCGGAUUACAAUUCCCACGUACUCUCAUUAUAUCUUCUUCAGCAGCUCCAAGGUAUUAAGAAGCUCUCCUAUUACUAAUCCGGCAAACAAUUUCAUUUUGUAGCAUUAAGCAAUGGUUCAAAUUGUUUUUUUCUUUUUUACCCUUUUUUCCUUGUAUUGAAUUACUUUGACAAGCCAUGAAAUGAUCAUCAUCUAUAUAGGCUAUGCUUCGGCUGAUCAUGGUUACCAAA